AUGGCGCCGAGCACAAGGGCGACGCUCAACGAGGACAACCUGACCUCGUACAUCCUGCAGGACGAGGCGAUGCAGGAGGCUGAGCGGUCACAGGAACUCUUGGCGCAGGCCAACUUCGUCGCCCCGGCGAAGCAAGGAGGCCGACCAGGACAGCGCGGACAGUCUGGUGGCGGCGGGAGUGGUGGCUGGAAGUCGACCAAGGAGGUCAAGAAGAAGUCGACCAAGGACGGCGGUCGAGAAGGAGGAGUGACUCCGACGACAACGACAAGGGCGGCCGCGGGAGGUCGAGCAGUCGUCGUCCUCGUCAAAGAGGGAAACCGGCCGCGCAAGGAGAAGCAGUCGACCAAGAUGUCGACUUCGGCGAAGGACGCCGACUCCCCUGCUGGCGGCAAGGCGCGGGAUGACAAGACGGCGUCGUGCUCGCUGGUCAGCGUCGUGGAGCCGACCGUCUCGCUGGCGCCGGAGGCCGGAGAGGACUUCCAGGCGGUGGCGGCAGCUGUCGGCGCCAUCAGGCAUGUGCGCGGCUUCAAUGGGGCGCUGCAGGACAUCCAGUGCCGUGGCACCGUCGCCCUACAAGGGGAGGCCGGGAAGCAGGUACUCAUCCCCGACGUACUGUAUGUCCCGGGUGUGCGGGCCAACCUGCUGUCGUCCGGCCUGCUGAAGGAGCACGGCGUGAAGCUGCACGAGGACGGAGAGGGAAUGAUGCUCGUCUUUGCAGCCGGAGCGGUGCUCGGUCGGGCGACGUACUCCGGGCGUGUCCUCUGCACCGACCUGCGUCCCUGCUCAACGAGGUCGACGUCGCCCACGACGGAGGUUGUGGCUCUGCGGGCGAUCGUCUCGAAGACAAAGUCGACCCCGGACCGGAUGCAUGCGCGGCUUGCACAUGUCGGCAUGGACACCAUACGGAGCUCGGCGAAGAACGAGGUCGCCAUUGGGCUGGACCUCAAGUCGGCGACGGACGCCGACUCCCCGUGUGUCACGUGCGUCGGCGGGAAACUGGCGCGGCACACCUUCCCAGACCAAGGCUCCGACGCCGACGACGUGCUGGCCGUCGUGCACAUCGACCUGUGCGGGCCGUUCCGCGUGGCUGCCAAGGAUAGCAGCCUGUACUUCUUGCUGCUGAAGGACCGCAAGACCCGCUACGUGUGGGUGAAGCCGGUCGCCAAGAAGUCAGAUGCGUUGCGGGUGUUCGUGCAGUGGCUGGCGGUGGCUGAGCGGCAGACGAAGAAGUCGGUGUUGAUGCUGCGCUCUGACCGGGGAGGGGAGUUCCUCGGGAAGCAGUUCACCGACUUCGUGAACGGCAAGGGGAUCGUCCACGACCUGACCUGCCCAUACACCCCGCAGCAGAACGGCAUGGCGGAGCGUGAGAUGAGGACGGUGGUGGAGUCGGUGUGGACAAUGCUACUGCACAUGGGCGUGCAGCACCACUGGUGGCACCUCGCUCUCCGGCAGGGCGUCUGGGUCCGCAACUGCCUUGAGAGGUCGGCGCUGCCGCCGGGGACGACGCCGUACCAGCUGCUGACCGGGAAGAAGCCCGACUUGUCGCUGGCACGGGUGUGGGGCUGCAUGGUGCAGUUCCUUGUCCCUGAGCAGCAGCGUGGUGGGAAGCUGAAGCCAAAGGCCAGGUGGGGCCUGAACCUUGGCGUGUCGGCGGCGAGCAAGGGCUGGGAGCUCCUCGACGUCGACACCGACCGAGUGGUCACCACGUCGUACGUGGUGUUCUACGAGGAGAUGUCGCUGGCCGAGUGGAAGACGGAGCAUGGGCCGGUGUCUGGCCGCUCGUCGUCCACCCCGCCCUCUGACACCUCGUCGGCGUCGCUGCCGCUGCUUGCCGAGGUCGGUGAGCUUGCUACUGAGGACGUCGAGGACGUCCGCCCCCCUACCCCUCCCCCUCGGACCCAUGCCCCUCCCCUCGUGGCCGACCUGCGUGAGCUGACCUCGGUGUUGGCCUCCAGCGAUGAGGGGAGUAGUGGGACGUCGCCUUCGGCCAGGUGCAUCGCCGGUGGCCGAGGUGACGAGCGGCAGGUCGACGUGGGUUUGCAGUCGACGUCGAUAGGGGAGGAGCACGUCCAGAAGCAGGUCGAGGAGCAGCGGCCGACAAAGGAGCAGGCAGCCGUGAAGCCGACUACGGAGCAGUCGGCGACCGAGCAGCCGGCAGGGGAGCCGAUCACAGGGGAGAAGUUGGCUGGGACGCCGACCACAGGGGAGAAGUCGGCAGGGACGCCGGAUGCAGUGCAGCAGAACGCCAAGGGCAGCGACGGCGACGAUGGAGGGGACGUCGAGGAGGUCCAACCAGGACCACGACGUUCAGGCCGACUUCGGAGGCCGCCUGACUUCUUCGUCCCCGCGGCGUUCACCACGGUGUACGACGUGGACGACGAUGACGACGACCUGCUGUACGACGACGCCAAGGAGGAUGAGGAGUUUCCAGAGCUCGACCUCGACAUGCUAGCCGACCCCGAUCACCGUUGGGACAUCUCGACGAUGAUGGUGAAAGAGGCAUUGGCAAGCUGGAAGGGCCCGGCGGUGAAGGUCGCCAUGGAGGAGGAGAUUCGCAGCCUCAUCAACAUGGGCACUUGGGAGCUGGUCGAACGCCCGCCGGGGGUGAACGUCAUGAAGAACCGGUGGGUGUUGACGACGAAGUACCACGUCGACGACAUCGUCGAGCGUGAGAAGGCGAGGCUGGUCGUAAAGGGCUUCACACAAGUGUACGGCGCCGACUACGACGAGACGUUCGCGUCGGUGGGCAGCUACGUCACGCUGAGGAUCUUCCUCAGCAUCGUCCCCGUCCUCGACCUUAACCUGAUGCCGCUCGACAUGAAGAACGCCUUCCUGCAGAGCAAGCUCGAUCGGGUGCUGUACAUGUCCCAACCGGACUACUUCAACGACGGAACCGACCGGGUGUGCAAGCUGCUGAAGAGCCUGUACGGGCUGAAGCAGUCGCCGCUAUUGUGGUACUUGGCGCUCAACGAUGUGCUGGUCGGCGCCGGGUGGAAGAAGAGCCAGGUCGACGAGGCUCUCUACUUCAAGGUCGGCGAGGGUGGCGUGGCCUGCUGGGUGCUGGUCUACGUCGACAACCUGCUUGCCGCCAGCAGCAGCGCCGCGAUGCUGAAGGAGCUGAAGGAGCUGCUGGAAGCCGCCUUCGAGCUGCGCGAGAUCUCGCCGGUGCAGAACUACCUCGGGCUGGAGAUCGUGCGCGACAUGUCGGCGGGGAAGCUGUGGCUGCACCAGCAGGGCUACGCCGACAAGCUGCGUAGGCGCUUCAUCGACGAGGAGCAGACCGAGCGCACCCUGAAGACGCCGGUCUCGGUCGGCGCCUACGCCGAGCUCACCUUCGACGACGAGGAGGCGCAGGAACGGCAGGAGGAGGAGUACCGGCAGAAGGUCGGCUCGCUGCAGUUCGCGGCGACGACGACGAGGCCGGACAUCGCCUUCGCCUGCAGCAAGCUGGGGAGCGGCCUCACGGUGAGGAGCGACCAGCACUGGCGCGAGGUCGACCGCUGCCUCGCCUACCUCGCCAACACACGUGACACCGCCCUGGAGUUCGGCGGUGGACCUGAGUCGCUGGAGCUGGUCGGCUACGUGGACGCCGACGACGCUGGUGACAAGCAGAACAGGACGAGCACGGGCGGCUACGUGUUCGUCUACGGAGGGGCUGCAGUCUCCUGGUCGAGCCAGCGCAUCAAGUGCGCGACGUUGUCGUCGACCGAGUCAGAGUACGUGGCGGCCACUGAAGCUGGCAAGGAGGGACGCCGCCUUCGCUUCCUCCUCGCUGAGUUCCGGCAGCUGGAUGCCGGGAAGCCGGCUGUCCUGCGCGUGGACAACAAGUCGGCCAUCACGGUCGCCGAGGGCAUGGGGUUGACAGGCAACCUCAAGCACAUGGAGCGGCGACAGGCCUGGCUGCAGCACAUGGUGAAGCGUGGGAAGUUCUCGCUGCAGUACAUCCCGACCGCUGAGCAGCCGGCCGGCUUCCUGACGAAGGCGCUGCACUAUCCGGCCUUCAGCCGGUGCUCCGUCGCCAUCGGCCAGGUGCGCUUGGCCAACGUGGGUGACGAAGUUGACGCCGUGCAGCAGUAG